AUGCCAGCUGGGAACAGUUUUGGAAAUGUUCCUCCUGUGAAUGGAGGCACCAUGAACAUUUGGGAAGUGAUCCUGGCUUUCUUAAUUGUGGUGCUCAUCCUUGUGUCGUUGCUGUCCAACGUGCUGGUGCUGAUCUGCUUUUUGUACAGUACAGAUAUCCGCAAGCAAGUCCCGGGAUUGUUUAUCCUCAACCUGACCUUCUGCAACUUGUUGAUGACUGUUUUGAACAUGCCCUUGACCCUGGCUGGGAUCAUUUACAAGAAUCCACCAGGAGGAGACCAGCUUUGCCAUAUCGUGGGCUUUCUAGAGACUUUCUUGACCACGAACUCCAUGCUCAGCAUGGCAGCUCUCAGCAUAGACAGGUGGAUAGCAGUGGUGUUUCCUCUGAACUACCAUUCCAAGAUGCGCUACAAAGAUGCUGCUCUCAUACUCAGCUACACGUGGUUGCAUUCGGUGUCUUUUCCUAUAGUGGCAACUUCUCUUUCUUGGGUGGGUUUCCAUCAUCUUUAUGCUUCCUGCACCCUGUACAACAAGAGACUGGAGGACAGGACACAGUUUAUGAUUUUCACUGGGGUCUUUCAUUCCCUCAGCUUCCUCCUCUCCUUCAUUGUCUUGUGUUUCACAUAUCUAAAAGUGCUGAAGGUGGCACGCUUUCACUGUAAAAGGAUUGACGUGAUAACUAUGCAGACCCUUGUGCUGCUGGUGGACAUCCAUCCCAGUGUAAGAGAGCGAUGUCUAGAAGAACAGAAGAGAAGAAGACAGCGAGCAACCAAGAAAAUCAGCACCUUCAUUGGCACUUUUAUACUUUGCUUUGCACCAUAUGUAAUCACAAGAUUGAUAGAAUUGUCAUCUAUAGUCCCAAUCAAUACACACUGGGGAGUCAUUUCCAAGUGUCUGGCUUAUAGCAAAGCUGUUUCAGAUCCUUUUGUGUACUCUUUGUUACGACACCAGUACAAGAAGACAUGGAAGGACGUCAUAAAUAAAAUUCUUAAAAGAAGUUCAAUAAAUUCAUCAGCCCUCACAAGUGAAUCACAAAGUCGGAAUAUUUUGCAAGUAAAUGAAUAA